UGCUUGUAGUUUUGUCUGAAAGACUGUAACUUUGGUCAUGAAAUCACCUCUCUUAUCCGUAGCCUACUCUAGGGUUUUUGCUCUAUAGUCAAAAUCCCUUUUGGGUUCGUUCGCUGCUUUUGUUGAAUUCUUAGUUGUAUUUGUUUGUUUGUUGUUGUGUGGAAUUUAGGAGUGAAAAACGAUCUUGUUUAACUCUCCUGUAAAAGUUGAGACCUUUGGGAGAGAGUUUUUUCACGAUGGCUUUGGUGACUCCAAUUCCAGCUAUGAGCGAAAGAGCUGGAUCCAUGAGAUUCCAUGGCAUCACUAGCCCUGGUUCAAGGUCAAGUAGGAGCAGCCUCACGGAAGAACCUCUCUCACGCCUAAUUGAGGAGAAGAUCUUCGUUGCUGUUGAUAAACACGUGGCCAAGAGCAAGUCUACACUCAUCUGGGCGUUGCAGAACACUGGAGGGAAGAAGAUUUGCAUCAUUCACGUUCAUCAACCUUCCCAAAUGAUCCCAGUAAUGGGAGCCAAGUUUCCAGUUAGUUCUGUGAAGGAGGAAGAAGUCAGUGUUUUCAGGGAAAAAGAAAGGGAGAAAGUAAAUAGGAUCCUAGACGAGUAUCUUUGUAUAUGCCAGCAGAGAGGGGUAAGGGCAGAAAAGAUGUUUGUUGAAGCAGAAUCCAUAGAGAAUGGAAUUGUGCAACUUAUCUCGAAGCUGGGAAUCAGGAAGCUUGUCAUGGGAGCAGCAGGAGAUAAACACCAUUCAAAGAAAAUGACGGAACUCAAGUCCAGGAAAGCUAUUUUAGUACGACGAGAAGCUCCUGCUCCAUGUCAAAUAUGGUUUACUUGCAAAGGAUACUUAAUACAUACAAGGGAAGCUGCGGAUGAUAGUGAAUCAGAAAAUGCAUCUCCACGGCCUUCCAUAACUGCAAAAGAUCUACUUCAAGCUUUCUCCACACCAGAGUCUGAGCUUCUGCAUAAUAUAUCUCGAUUACAUAGCAAUGGAAGUUCAACUGAACACAGUGAGAGGGUGUCAAAUGGUUCGUUAAAUACAACUGAUGACGAGGAGAGAGAAUCUGACGGCCGUGGAGUAAGGGGAAGUACAACGGUUAUGAGUACUGUUGAUGAGAAUUCUGACAGCUCAUCUCCUUCCAAUUUUCCGGAUGGUGUGGAUGAUUCAUUUCAUGAUAAAAUCCGACAAGUAACGUCAGAGGCUCAGAGUUCAAAACGAGAAGCUUUUGCAGAGACUGUUAAGCGUCAGAAAGCUGAAAAGAUUGCACUUGAUGCAAUCAAAAGGGUUAAACAAUCAGAAAGUGCUUAUUCUGAGGAGUUAAAGCGAAGGAAAGAGACUGAGACAGCAGUAUCCAAAGAAAAAGAAAGAUUCGUAACAAUAAAAAAAGAACAGGAAGUAGUCAUGGGAGAAGUUCAAAGCGCAACGGCACAGAAAGAGAUACUUUGGAACCAAAUAGCAGAAGCUGAUGGUACAUUGCUACAGCUAAACCAGAAGCUUGACGUAGCCGUGAAUCUGUUACAAAAGUUAAAAGGUGAACGAGAAGAGUUACAGACAGAACGGGACAGUGCCCUCAGAGAAGCUGAGGAGUUAAGGAGGAGACGCACAGAGACUUCAACACUACAACAGUUACCUCAGUACUUCACUGAUUUUACCUUCUCAGAGAUUGAGGAAGCAACUAAUCGCUUUGAUUCGUCCCUGAAGAUUGGUGAAGGUGGGUAUGGGAGCAUCUACAUUGGCACACUGCGUCAUACUCAGGUGGCUAUAAAGAUAUUGAAUCCCAAGAGCUCACAAGGCCCUGUGGAGUAUCAACAAGAGGUUGAUGUGUUAAGCAAAAUGAGGCAUCCGAAUAUCAUCACACUAAUCGGAGCUUGUCCUGAGGGGUGGAGUCUUGUCUAUGAGUAUCUUCCUGAUGGAAGCCUUGAAGAUAAGCUUACUUGCAAGGACAACUCUCCACCUUUAUCAUGGCAAAACCGUGUACGCAUUGCCACUGAAGUAUGUGCAGCGCUUGUCUUUCUUCAUUCCAAUAAAGCUCAUAGCUUAGUACACGGUGAUUUGAAGCCUGGGAAUAUUCUUCUCGACGCUAACCUCGUUAGCAAGUUGAGUGACUUUGGAACGUGCUCGAUACUUCAUUCUAAUGGAAGCAGACGUGCAUCAACCGAAGUUACAGGCACAGCUGCUUACUUGGAUCCAGAAGCUUCUAGUAGUGGAAAGCUAACACCAAAGUCAGAUGUUUACUCGUUUGGGAUUGUAUUGUUGCGGUUAUUGACGGGGAGACCUGCUUUACGGAUAGCGAAUGAAGUCAAGUAUGCACUUGAUUCUGGUUCAUUAAUCAAACUUUUGGAUCCUUUAGCAGGUGACUGGCCCUUUGUUCAGGCUGAGCAGCUUGCUCGCUUGGCGUUGAGAUGCUGUGAGACUGUCAGUGAGAAUCGUCCGGACCUUGCUACUGAGGUUUGGAGGGUUCUUGAACCUAUGAGGGCUUCAAGUGGAGGAUCUUCAUCUUUCCAUCUCGGCCGUAACGAAAAACGCAUAGCUCCUCCAUACUUCAUUUGUCCCAUAUUCCAGGAAGUCAUGCAGGAUCCACACGUAGCUGCAGAUGGUUUCACAUAUGAAGCAGAGGCUAUAAGAGCGUGGCUGGACAGUGGACACGACACUUCACCGAUGACUAAUGGCAAGCUUUCACACAAUAGCUUAAUCCCUAACCUUGCUCUUCGGUCUGCAAUUCAGGAGUGGCUUCAACAUCAUUGUUGAAAUGAAAAACCCUUGUUAAAUCCUGCAUGUAAUCUCUCAUGAAAAGAAGUUAUCUUCCUUAUCCUUGUAUUCAUACAUAACGAUCCCUCCAUAGCAUAUAUUUUCCUACUUUUGUCAAAAAGCAUAGUGUAAAUCCUCCAUAUUUACCUGUUGAAAAAGAAAGGCUGGUGAGAUUUGUAUAUAUGUUCAGAUAGAAAGAAGGUUAUAUGUUUAUAUUGUUUGUCUGCAUAGAUAACAUAUAUUAAUUGCCUACUUUGUCAAAGCAUAGUGUAAAUCCUCCAUGUUUGUCAGAUAGUAAAAAAAGAAGAGGCUUCUGAGAUUUGUAUGUGUGUAUAUAUAUAUAUAUGUGUGUACUAUAUUUGGCAGAUGAAAAGGG